GACACCACCUUUCUCGACAACCCACCCCCCAGGAAGCCAACUUCCCAACCGUCAAAAUGGCCCGCCGUCCCGCGAGAUGUUACCGCUACUGCAAGAACAAGCCCUACCCUAAGUCCCGGUUCAACCGUGGUGUUCCCGACCCCAAGAUCCGUAUCUUCGAUCUGGGACGUAAGAAGGCCAACGUCGAUGACUUCCCCCUCUGCGUUCACCUCGUCUCCAACGAGUACGAGCAGCUGUCCUCCGAGGCCCUCGAAGCCGCCCGUAUUUGCGCCAACAAGUACCUCGUGAAGAUCGCCGGUAAGGAAGGUUUCCACCUCCGCGUCCGCGUCCACCCCUUCCACGUCAUCCGUAUCAACAAGAUGUUGUCCUGCGCCGGAGCCGAUCGUCUCCAGACCGGUAUGCGUGGUGCCUUCGGUAAGCCCCAGGGUACCGUCGCCCGUGUCAACAUCGGCCAGAUCAUCCUGUCCGUCCGCACUCGUGACUCCAACCGCGCCACCGCCAUCGAGGCCCUCCGCCGCUCCAUGUACAAGUUCCCCGGUCGCCAGAAGAUCAUCGUCUCCAAGAACUGGGGCUUCACCCCCGUCCGCCGCGAGGACUACGUCCAGCUCCGCCAGGAGGGCAAGCUCAAGCAGGACGGCGCCUACGUCCAGUUCCUCCGUGGCCACGGUCUCAUCGAGGAGAACAUGAAGCGUUUCCCCGACGCCUACGAGAACCUCUCCCAGGCUUAGAUGUCUGGUUGCGGUUCGAGUGUUGAUGGGGAAAAAGAAUGUUGAUUAGCAUUUUACAUCGUGUUCUUUCUUUUUUUUUUAUAAUGUGAUCGGAAACUACCCUUUUGAGACCAUUAUGAUUCCCCCUCUUCUGGCACAUUAAAGAAAAGAAAGAGAAACCGUUUCCCC